UAGAAAAUUAUAAUUUGCGGUAUUCGACGAGUGUGAUCCGUAAUUUAAUAUACGGGAGCCGGUUACUUAAGUUGUGUGUUUAAAUAUACUUAUUAAAUAAGAACAAAAUGUAUCUAUUGUUUAAUCUAUUCACCGUGUUAUUUAUUUGUUCGGUCGUCAAGUCCGAAGUAUAUUUCGAAGAACGAUUUCCAGACGAAUCAUGGGAAGAAAACUGGAUCUAUUCGGAAUACCCUGGAAAAGAAUUCGGUAAAUUCAAAUUGACGUCUGGAAAAUUCUACAACGAUGCCGAAAAAGAUAAAGGUAUUCAAACAUCGGAAGAUGCUAAAUUCUACGCUAUUUCGAAGAAAUUCCCUCCUUUCUCGAAUAAAGGAAAAGAUCUCGUUAUUCAAUUUACUGUAAAGCACGAACAAGGUAUCGACUGUGGCGGUGGUUACGCUAAAAUUUUCGACUGUAGCUUAGACCAAAAACAAAUGCACGGAGAAUCUCCUUACUCGAUUAUGUUCGGACCCGAUAUCUGUGGACCUGGUACCAAGAAAGUGCACGUCAUCUUCAGUUACAAAGGAAAGAAUUUACUCAUUAACAAAGACAUCAGAUGUAAAGAUGACGUAUUCACUCACUUAUACACUUUGAUCCUGCGUCCCGACAACACCUACGAAGUAUUGAUCGAUAACGAAAAAGUCGAAAGUGGAGAUUUAGAAAGCGAUUGGGAAUUCUUACCACCGAAAAAGAUCAAGGACCCUGCUGCGAAAAAACCAGAAGACUGGGAUGACAGGCCAACCAUCGAUGACCCCAACGACACGAAACCCGAAGAUUGGGAUAAGCCAAUGCACAUCCCAGACCCAGAAGCCAAAAAACCCGAAGACUGGGACGAUGAAAUGGACGGCGAAUGGGAACCACCAAUGAUCGAUAACCCUGAAUACAAAGGCGAAUGGAAACCAAAACAAAUCGACAACCCUGAUUACAAAGGCGUAUGGGUACAUCCGGAAAUCGAUAACCCUGAAUACUCACCAGACUCCAACUUAUACUUAAAAGAGGAAAUUUGCACUCUUGGUUUCGAUUUAUGGCAAGUCAAAUCCGGUACCAUUUUCGGUAACAUCUUGAUCACCGACGAUGUCAAACACGCCAAAGAAGUCGGAGAAACCGUAUGGAAACCAAUGCUGGCCGGCGAAAAGAAAAUGAAAGAAGCUCAAGACGAAGAAGAAAGCAAAGCCGAACAAAAGAAAGUUGACGAAGCCGAAGAAGAAGACGAUGAGGAAGAAGACGAAAGCAAACCCGAAGAAGCUGCCGAAGAAGCUCACGAUGAACUGUAAGAAGUUAGACUGGGUUGCCAUUUUUUGGGACUGGGAUCACACAAGAAGUCUCCACGCGACUGUUUUAAUGUCUUGGGUAUUCGUUCUAGUUAAAUGAAUAAUGCUGCAUUUUUUUAUUUUUCAUUUUUAUUGCACGAAGUGUAUAUUUUCCAUUGCGAUAACAUACCUACGUUUUGAUAUUAUGUAAACCUAUUUUUUUCAUCGGGGUUCCCUUUUUUCAGUAAUAGUUUUUAAAAUUUGAAAAAAAAAAGUCGUUCUAAGGUACCUUUUAAUUAUUGUUAUGCAUUAUUUUUUGUACAGUGUAUUUUACUUAUUACGCGGUAGGUAGUUGUUAAUAGGACGAUAAUUCGUGUUCUUGCGUGGCGUCGAUGCUUUCCUUUUUUAAUUUUAAUGGGAAAAUUAAAAUUGUAGAUAAUUUAAUGUAAGUUUAAUGUAUUAGGCGUGUUUUCAUUUUUCGUCAAUAUUACGCUAUUUAUGUCUUUGUCAUCUAUUCAUUAUUAUCGAACUAAUAUAUUAUACUUAAAUUAAAAAUUCUUCCCCCUUUUCCCGUUUACCUUUUCACAUUUUAUAAUUAUUGUGUCUUUUUCUUUUGUUCCAAUAAAACGUUAGAGUUAUUUUUUAGCUUUUUUUUUUUUUUUCAAAUUGUAGAUAAAUUUUUACAAUAAAUGUGUUACUCUAAAGCGUU